AUGCAGGAUCAUCCAGACGCCCGCUACGUCACUGGGUUCAUCUCUCGGCCCCAGAGACAACCAAAGCGCAAGAACAUAGACGAAGACUACUAUCCAAGCUCGUCGGAUACCUAUGCAGAAAGCUUUAAGUCCUCACACGAAGAGUCCUUCAGUACACCAAGCGAUGCUCCAACUGAUAUUAGUACUGACGGCCUCGCCUCGCCACGAGAGCAGAAGGUGUCUGCCCGAACCGUAUCAACUAAUGGGACAGCUAAAUCUUCUAGGGCUAAGAGAUUUGAUAAAGAGCUGCUUGAUGAAGAGCAGACGGAGCAGCAAUCAGAUGAGCAGGGGGAGCUUGCCUUCACAGACGAGGUUCUCUUUCAGCAGACUGACACGGAGAUGGCCUUGCUUCGAGAGUAUCCCUCGCUGGCCCUUCUCCACACCAUUAUUCAGCAAGAGAAACCCACUAGGAUCGUAAAAGAAAGCACCCGGAAUAGUGUGUCUCUCGCUAUGCAGGCUUUUCAAGAGAAGGACUACGUUGAAUCCAUAAACCUGCUUAAGCAAUGCAUUGCAGAUGACGCCCGUGCAUACCACGCCUUUGAGAUGCUUGCAUCAUUCUACGAAACGAUUAUCCGUGAGCAGCUAUUCUUAAAGCACGUUAAAUUAGCAAAAGUGUUGCGAGUGUAUAAUAAGCCACAAUCUCUUGCAGAAAGUACUCUCCUUAUUGCUUCUCUGGAGUUUCAACUUGCCGCUGCCAUUCUUCAGCCAAAAGCAGAGAAGUUUCUCGUGUUGAUCACCGAUUAUUUAAAGGUUAGAAGAUUGCCUAAGGCUUUAUACUGUCUUCACCGACUUCUGCCUCUUUUCAUAGCUGGGCUCGAUGAUAUGUAUUGUAAUAACAUAUUUGAGAGAGACUCACAGCUUCUUGUUUUUGAGCGAGACAUGUGUAAUAUUUUCAAUCGCUUUAUGCUGGAAAAUCAUGGAGACGUUACUGCACGCGACCGCGGGGUCCUUUUGAGCUUUAAUAGAAAGGUUUGCACCCACCUUAUGCACGCACCGUAUGUUGAGAAUCAUACUCUCCAGUUUAUAGACAAAAUUAACGACCUAAAGGUGGGUAAUGUGCACAAGAUGCGUUGUGCUAGUGAGCAGAUCGCGUUUCUCAUCGGCCAGCAAGUGCGUAUGUUAGAGGUCAGUGGUCUUCUUCCAGGGAUUAUCAAUCGUCUGUUGAAGUUGCUUUACAAAACAAAACGCUAUGAAAGUAUUAUUGAACUACUCAAUACUCUUUUAGAAUUCGCUCUGAAAAGUGUUGGAAGUAAGAGAGGACAGGAGCGGGCAGAGUACAAGAGAUAUAUUUGUCUGUUUUCACUGCACAAGGCAGCAGUUGAUAUCAUUAUCACUUUGCAAAGUGUUAUCUCGGCUUUGAAGGCUUCGAGCGGUAAUGCCAACGCCUGUCUCGAUGACAACAGCAACGUCAGUGUUGGUACUGGUCUGAAUACGAUGCUGGUGCGGCAGAUGACUAAGGUAUCUAUUCUCCACAUUAAGAAUGUCUUAAGCACCUUUUACACUCAUGCAUAUCACCCACAAUAUGACGAAGAGCUUGAAGAUGUCUCAACCUUUUUACUAGAAGGACUAGCAGAUGCCAUUUGGUUGACAAAAACACGGAAUAUGGCACUUAUCAACGAUCUUAUUGUCAACAUAGACGCAGACACCCGUAUCCCAAAGAAGUUAUUCAGCCGAUCGGGCUCACGAAUUCAUGAGCCUGUGUCUAAUGGGGGCACUGCUCUAGACCCCGCAAUACAAAUGUCGCUUGACAAGCUUGCUGAGCAACUUGACCUCAACUUUUUAAAGCUGGUGCCAGACAUGACCACGUCUUACCUUAACCUGCUCUUGGCACAGGAAACACCGUCUCCACUUCAUAAGCGAUCAAUCUCCCGUCUAUUCAUAGUGAGCUCAAGAAUUCAAGCCCUUCAAGGGGUCCAGAAAGCCGAAGUAGCCAAGCAGCUUGGCAUGGCGUUUAAGUAUUACAAGGGUGUCGGUCCUCGUAAGGAGCUGGCACGAUUUCUUUACGCACAGCAAACAGAUGGAUAUGCUGCUCUUUUGACAGCACAAACCGCAGAUGCUGAAUCAGCAAGCGAACUGGAGAUCACCCGGAACUUGAAAAUGAUAUUAGACAUUGUCCAUCCAAGACCCGCGCUUUCAGAAGCAAUUGAUAUAGAUGACGCUCCUCCGACGGUUACAUUAGAAGUUCCUCUAAUAUCAUAUCCUGAAGAUUAUGGAAUUGCGUUUACUGAGCAUCUAACAAUACCCCUUCGAAAAGAUUUAGUGCUGCGAGAAUGGAUUGAGUUUGAACAAGACACAAUCGGUAUUGUGGAGGCGUACUCUUCUACAAACUUGCAGCUAUAUGCACUCUUCUCGCUCUUCUCUAGUUAUGUCGCUUUACGAAGCGCCAAAUCAGGGUCUAAGGCGAAGUUGUCAAUCGAAGCUUUUCUGAGAAAGCAUUAUCCAGAUCAAGGAUUUGGAGGCUUAGAAUUGCUUGCAUGUACCGCAUUUUUCGUUGGCUUUGGCCUUAUUUUUACAGAUGCCUAUCUGCUACCAGCCAACUAUCCACGCCCUCGCUACGCAUACAAACUUUUUUCUAGUUUGCGUAAUAAUUACAAAUUUAAUAGUAAGCACAGUUUUGCGACCAAGUUUCAAAAGAUCGCCGAUCAGUUCUUCUCAGCCCAUCCGUUACAUAUUUUUCGGAACUCCAUAUUGUUGAGCUUGCCCGAGGACAUAGAGAGCUGUCGCUGGGAGCUAGAUUUGCUCCUCAGGGGAUUGUCUGACGAGAAGAUGCAUUCACACCUUGUGUCAGGGGAGGUUGUCUCCCGCAUUGAUUUUUAUUUAUUCUUGAUAGAAUUGCAGCAGAUUAUAGGGAAGAUUGUUGAGGCCGAAGGAACCUAUCAAGGCAUUUCGUGCAGAAGCAGUACUCUUUUGUCCCUUCUCUUCUUCAUUACAGAGCGGAGUCCGAAGGUUGGUGGCAUGGUGGCCCAUUCGAAACACCUGGAUUAUAUGCACCUUCUUGCCAAGGAUCUCAUCCAUAAGACAGGAAUAGUUUCCAUGCAGUAUUCAUAUCAGCGAGGCCGGUGUCUGUCUAGCCCAUAUAAUAUGCAAGACUACACUAUCCUGAUACGGCAAUAUCAGCAGACAGAACCCAGCCUUCCAAUUGGAAAGUUUCUUAAGCGCAUCCUUAGGAAGUAUCCUGACUCCGUUCCAGCAACGUUUGCAAUGGCCGCCACAUUCUUCCAAUCAUCUUAUUUUAAAGAGGCCAUUACCAUCUAUGAAAAGCUCUGCCCCUUAUGCUUCAGUGACGACAUCCUUCGGGCACUUGAGCAGGAUGAGAUGCGAUUUACCAAUCGCCCUUUUGAACAGCGAGAGAUGAUAAAGCGAUCAAUACAGGCCUCAGUGUGCUACACUCUGGGAGUUGCCUAUUUGCAAACUAGUGGGAACAAGAGGAUCCACACCAAGACACAGCAUAUUGCGAUGGGUCUCCGUUAUCUCCAGCUCUUUACCAUAUGUUCCGGACAGAACCUAAAGCUGACUCACCUUGCGGUUGCUCUGGCUCUCAUGUACUAUUGCCAUAGACUCGACAUAGCAGAGCUUAUCCUUCAGAAGAUCCUUCGAUCCAAAUACGGCCCCUCACUCUCCAGCAAUUUCUUUGACCGGCCACUACACCUAUUAAUUCUCCCCCGAGCAUCUUCAAACUCCCUCUUAGAUGUCACUGAUAGUGUUGCCCCCAAUACGAAAUUCCUCUUUGAACAGCACAUGACACAGCGGCCUCCUCCACGACAGUCAUAUACACCGGACGACGAACAAUCCAUAGUACAGACCGCAGCCCAUGCACUUGUCCUUAUUUACUUGACCACAGGAUCAAUAGAAAGCGCAAACUACAUACUGUCUCGGUACCUGUCCUUUACAUCCAGUUCACAAAACAGAACAUGA